AUGUGGUUCGUCGAGAAGAUGCAACAGAGCAGCAAGCCAAGUAAGCAAAACAAGAAGAAAUGGGUGGCUGUGCAAGCGGCGUCCUUCGUCUUGUCUCUCUUCUUCGAGAUCAAGCGCAGGGCCGAGGAGACAACAGAUGGAGUCGGGGAGGAGUCGUCGACCCCCGACAUGCAGGAGGAAGCAACAGACAUAGUUCGAGAAUUGCUGCUGAGCGUGCAAGAAGACAAGUCGCUCGAUGAGUUUCUGCUGAUGCUCGCAAAGACCAGAGCGGCGGCUGAGACUGAGUGGAUGGUCUUGAAGGAGAGGAUACGGAAAGGUCCUUUCCUUGAUAGCCUCAACAGGCUGUGGAACACCAUCGACGAGUUUGAGUUUGGAUACCCUCACCGGAUCGAGGUGAACAAGAAGCACGUACAGGAGCUGAAGGAGUUGGUUGCCCGGUACAAGAACGAGCUCCGUGGUUCUGUCGAGAGUGUAAAUCACACUCUGAGGAUGGUUUUACACUCGGUGAAGAUGAAUGGUAUUGCAGUCUCGGGGAAUAUCGCCUUGCCAUCGCCAGAGCAUCUUUUUCAGGCAGAGUUGUUGAUCUUUGAUGAAGCCAAGGCAGGAAAGUGGAGCAAGACAGCAAACGAAGAUGUGCAGAACUUCAAGAAGUACUUCAACAGAGCCCUGACGAGGCUUCACGAGCUUGUCAUCAACGCAGACCAUGAGAUGUCAUACCGCACAAGAACAAACUUGAAGAAGAGGCUCGAGAACAUAGAGAAAGAGAAUCAGAGUUUGACAGAAGAGAUCGUUCAAUACAAGCAAGAAAUCAAAGCUACCUAUGAAAGUCAAGGAGCUGCUCUCGAGCCCCACGAGAGCUCUCACAGAAAACGGAUGGACGAAGUUUCUCAGGAGAGGGAGAGGCAACAGCAGCAGCUGGAUCAGGUGCUCGCUAGCAAGCGGCUUGAACUCGAAUCCAAAAGGACGCGGCUGGAUCAAAUGAAAGAAACGCUGGCUGGCAAGAAAGCAGACUUGCGAACGAUGAAGAAGCGUUCCAAGGAGACGAGUAAAGACCUGGACGAGGUCAUAGCCGCUGCUUACGAGCGAGACGAGACUCUCGUCAAAUGCCUUUCAAUCAUUACGAGCCAAGAAUCACUCGAGGACAUCAAAGCGUCUAUGCCAUCCAAACAAAACAUCAAGAAUGAAAUCUUCAAGUCUGUUGAGCUUCUUGACAGUGAAGUCUCUUCCCGUGAAGCAGAGUUGAAGGAUGCUUCGCAGCUGAUGUACGAACAGAAGAUGUGCUGUCUUAGAGUCUUCAACGACGUUUCACACCAGCCACAAGAAGCCGUCCGACAGGAGAUAGAGCGUCAGCAACAGAACAAACUUGACAUGGAUGAGAUCGGAAAGCUCAUUGAUGACUACAUGCACCACACAGACUUCUACAGUUUGGAUUCCUCAAAGCUCAACGCCUUCGUUCACCUGCACUUACCAUUCGCAGCGUCUGAGGCCUGGAGAGACUUUCUGAUGGCCAGGUAUGAUGAGAUUUUCAACGACAUGCAGGGCAAGGAAUUGUACGUGUCUCAUGAUGACGAGGUGAAGGUCUUGAUAGCCUCUCUUACUGACUACGGGUACUCGACGGAAGAAACGGCACAGAUGUCGUAUCAAGACUUGCAGAAAUUAUUACAAGAGGAGCAGAGAAUAUCGAGAAUGGAAUGA